AUGAUCGCACCGGCAACGUUGCUAAGUGGUUCGGCCUUAUAUAUCGAAGCGUGCUUGCGGAGAAGCUUAUCUGAAUCGACGCGAUCUUUUUCACGUAGCAACAGUACUGAUAGUGGAAUUUCUAACGUUUCUUCUGCUGAUGAUAAUGCGGCAGCACGUCUUCCGUUUGGAAGCCUCGAAGCAACUGGACAUCUGGGGGAUGUGAUGAAAGAAAGUGUGCGUAUUGCCUACACGGUUGCAAGGAAUACACUUAGGAAGCACUUCCCGGACAAUGAAUUCUUGGAUCGAGCGCAUAUCCAUGUCCAUGUUCCUGAGGGUGCAACGCCAAAAGAUGGCCCGUCGGCAGGCUGUACAGUAACAUCUGCGCUUUUGUCGCUGGCACUAAAUCGGCCAGCUCGGCAGAAUCUCGCGAUGACGGGCGAGAUCUCACUAACUGGUAGGAUAUUGCCGGUUGGUGGAAUCAAGGAAAAAAUCAUCGCUGUAAGUGGUUUUUGCAUCUUAUGCAAAUGCAAAUUUACCAGCAGAACUGCACGUGUUAAACUGUAA